AUGUGUGAGAGCUGCAUAGAAAAGCCACUAGCUACACUCUGGCGCAACUACCAGCAAUCGACUAAACCCGAUGUCGUAAUGAAACUGUCUGUCACCAAUUCCGGUCUUAAAGGAUUCACCAAAGAGCACGGCCUUACCGAAUACUGGUCGCACCGUAUCACCUACUGCGCUAGUCCACCUCACUACCCAAAACUCUUCUGCUGGGUAUAUCGCCAUGAAGGUAAGAAGUUAAAACACGAGCUCCGAUGCCAUGCAGUUCUAUGCACCAAAGAAUCAUUAUCAAAGAAGAUUACAGAAGAACUUCAAGUAAAGUUGAAACAGGCAUUAGUUGAAUUUAAGAAAGAUAGAAUCUCGAAACAGAAUGCUAGGCUCAGCCUCGCAAACAGUGUAUAUGAAAACCCCAGCAUGCCUCGUCGUAAGAUUAUGCUCAGCGUUGGAGCUUUGAACUACAGGCCACCGCUAGAAAGAUCCAAGUCUGCUCCGAAGCUGGGAGCUAUAGAAGAACUGUGUUCAGAAGAAGAUGAAGAAGAAGCUAAAAUGAACGCAAAACAAGAUGACGAGUCAUGGUCUCAUACAACAACUGAUGACUUUUAUGGCUCGCAGAUACUUGACAGGCGACGACCCGAUAUUAAGUCCCCGAGGAAAUCCUCAUGUCCCGAAGGAAUUAUCAAUCGGACACUUUCGGAAUCUAGCAGUGGUACAAUAACAGUGUCAGAUGAAUUAUUAGACUUGCUCGCGAAAGAAAGUCUAAAGAACGGAUGCCUCGAUAACAUUAGUCAAAGUGAUAUGGAUAAGGAAACAAGAUUGCUAGAAGCAAUCGCCGAAUCGAACGAAUUGAAUGACUCAGUGGCAGCAGCUGAGACCGACUGCAAGGUGAUGUUGCAAAGUAACUACCUCGUCACGGAUAGCGACGAUGGAUCUGUUUCUUCGGGCUGUGAGACUGCCAGUACGGUGACUGACACCGAGCCAUCCUCUCUACCCUCAUUCCCUGCGGAAGACAACAAAGAACACGUGGACUCCUCCGUCUCCUACGUGGAACAAUCCUUUGAGCAUAGUGAUGUAAGGAGCAGUAACAGGAGCUAUAAUACUAUUCAUAUCGUGGACGGUUCCGACACUAACAUUAAUGAGGAGGUUAACCACGUUCCGAUAGGAGAAAAAAAUGCUUUCAGGCGGCGAUCGACUUAUCCGCCAUUGAGAGCAGACAAUACUUUAACAGACUUUGAGGAGAAAUUUGAAUCUCUGAUAGACAACUUAGUCGAUGUGGACAGCUUGAAUUCUAGCACGGAGACCGAAGUCUUCAAGAAUACGGGAGAUAACGACAGUGCUUGUAGUGAUGAGUCCGGCUACUCCGAACUGCUAGAUGGCAAAGAAAGCAUAAUCGGCAAUACAAUAAUGGUUUAA